GCAUUCAGCAGUUUAAAAGGAGCAACAAGAAUAACGGACAUUUGUCUUUUACCAAUAUGGUUUUAUACAUAAAAACACGGCAGAAAACCACCUAAAUCCAUCCAGCGUGUACAAGUUUUGAAGACAAACUUUGCACCAACCUGAGGAUGUCGAGCGACACCGCGUGCGCGCGCAGUUCAGAAUGCGCCCUGCACGCGCUCCCCGAGUCAACUGGAGACGAAAAAAUGGUGGCCAGCGCUCGAGUACAGAAGCUGCUCCGACGAUAUAAACUAGCGAUUGCCGCCGCACUAACUAUCCUCCUGGUCCAAGGGCUUGUGGUAUGGAGUCUGAGAAGCCUGGAAGAGGGCGAGGCAGAGAGAAAAACACGACGAUCUAAGCUGCCUGACCACAACAGCCAGGAUCCCAAGAGAGACGCUGCACUUUGGGAGAAACAAAACUCUUUGUCUGGGAGAAACAGGGGCAGAUGGAGCGGCAGGUCAGAGAGAACAGGAGGAACAGCAGCCAGUGCGCUGAGGAGAGGGACCGGCCGCAAAGGAGAGAAGGCCAGCAGCAGGCUGAAGUCUCCCCAGGAACGGGGCAUGACGGGAGCUGGAUUGGAUGGUGGUGUGGCCCUCCAUGACCUGUCCAGCAGCCGCAACUUCAGCGAAACCCGAGGCGGCACUGACGGGGCAGCCAAAUUACCCGCCGCUGCCAUCCUGGGGGAGCCGGGCAGCGUGGAUGGGGCGCACCAAGCCCCCAGCAGUGACUUUGUGCCUAAAUGUGAUAUCAUAGGCAAGGACGCACUGUCUGCCCUUCAUCGUGCCGGGUCACAGCAGUGCCGACAGGAGAUCGCCAACAUUGUGUGUCAGCAUCAGGCUGGGAAGCUCAUGCCAGACGCGCUCCCUCAGUUCUGCCCCCAGCUCGGUAUAUCAAAUCAGGUCCAGGCUGUUGGUGAGCUGGACAACAGCCUGUCUAAAGUGGAGAACCCUGUCAGAGUGGCUUUUGUUCUGAUGGUUCACGGCCGUGCUGUACGGCAGCUCAAGCGCCUCAUCAAAGCCAUAUAUCACCGUGAUCACUACUACUACAUCCAUGUGGAUAAGCGGUCCGGCUACAUGCAUCGGGAGGUUCUGCAGAUAGCCCAGCAGUACCCAAACAUACGAGCCACGCCGUGGCGGAUGGUCACCAUCUGGGGUGGUGCGAGCCUACUCAAGGCCUACCUACGCAGUAUGCAGGACCUGCUCUCCAUGUUGGAUUGGAAGUGGGAUUUUUUCAUCAAUCUCAGCGCUACAGAUUUCCCCACCAGGACCAAUGAUGAACUGGUGUCGUUCCUGUCGCAGCAAAGGGACAAGAAUUUCCUCAAGUCCCACGGGAGGGAAAAUGCCCGGUUUAUUAAGAAGCAGGGCCUUGAUCGUCUCUUCCACGAGUGUGACAACCACAUGUGGCGUCUCGGCGAACGCAGCAUCCCAGAAGGCUUGGAGGUCUCAGGUGGCUCUGAUUGGUUUGCGCUCACCCGCCGCUUCGUGGAGUACGUCAUCAACUCCCAGGAUGACCUGGUGUCGGGGCUGAAGCAGUUCUAUUCCUACGCCCUGCUCCCUGCUGAGUCUUUCUUCCACACGGUGCUCGGGAACAGUCACAUGUGUGACACCCUGGUGGACAACAACCUGCGUGUCACCAACUGGAACCGAAAGCUGGGCUGUAAAUGCCAGUACAAGCACAUUGUCGACUGGUGCGGCUGCUCUCCCAAUGAUUUCAAACCACAAGACCUCAUCCGGAUCCAGCAACUGACCCGACCGACAUUCUUUGCCCGCAAGUUUGAGUCAACAGUGAACCAGGAGGCCAUAGACAUCCUGGACACUCACCUGUAUGGCCAGUACGCUCCAGGCACCAUUGCCGUCAAAGCGUACUGGGAGAGCCUGUUUGAGCAGCUGGACGGUGUGAGCUCACUCAGUGACGUGGCUCUCACUGCUUACACUGCUUUCUUUCGCCUGGGACUUAAGAAUCUGGUGACGGCUCAGAGCAACGUGGAGACCUGCAAGUUUGAACCAGUAGGCCACCCUCUGUCUGUACACGUGUACUUUUAUGACGACCGUUUCCAAGGAUACCUGGUGCGUCAGGAAGCCCAGGCGGUGGGUUCAAAGGUCAGGGAGACACUGGAGAUGUGGGCAGUGCCUCAAGCAUCGCUUGUCCUCGAAACAAACCUGAAGGAGUUUGAAAGGCUCAAGAAUCUGGAGAUCGGUACAGAGUGGGAUCCUAAAGAAAGAAUCUUUCGGAACUUCGGUGGCGUGAUCGGCCCUUUGAAUGAACCACUAGCAGUCCAGAAGUGGGCACGGGGUCCCAACCUCACCGCCACUAUUGUAUGGAUCGAUCCAGCUCUGGUGGUCGCAGCAUCUUACGACAUCACGGUGGAUGUGGAUGCAGAGUACACCCAGUACAAACCACCACUGCAGCGCCCCCUGCGGCCCGGUACCUGGACGGUACGGGUGUUAAAACAGUGGGAGCGCGUGGCGGAAGUUCACUUCCUUGUCAUGCCCUUGACCUUCAAAGACAAGGAGCCACUACGCAAAGAAGAGGACAGCUGGCUCCACGCAGGUCCUCCAGGUAACCUGUACCUGGAGCAGAGCUUCCAGCAGCUGAGCUCCGUAUUGAAGCUGCCCCCUCAGGAGCCUGUCAUGCAGGAGGCCCAGCGCAAAGCCCAGCUUGCAGGUCAGCCCCUCGAGGCGUGGGUGGACAGCAGUGUAGGGUCCUUCUGGGUUACAGGUGGCCUAUGCGCCACACGGACUUCCUCUUGCCCAGCUGUGGGACUUUGCUCCAAGACUUCCUGGAGCUCUCUGUCCCCGGACCCCAAGUCUGAACUGGGCCCGCUCAAAAGUGACGGGCGGAUCAGGUAGCCCCCAGAGAGGAGAGACUCUACACUUCAAUACAUAUGCAGGACGACUGAGGGAGACCUGGACCUGCACUGAAUAGCUCCAGGAGAACCUGUGUGAACCGGAUAUUGUCUCAGAGCUCAAGGGCACAUAAACAAAAAGACAUCUUCCUGCACUGAGGAGCUGAGACAUUCUCCGUCAGGUGGUAAUACGGACUUAAAAGAGGAGGAUGUGACUGCUGGAAAUUUGCACAUAGAAGACUUGUGUCAUUGUUUGCUGAAUGGUUACACGGAUGCCAGAUGUUUUGUGUUAUUUUGCUGGAGCACAGGUUGUCAGUAAGGGUUGGAGUUUGAAAAAAAAACCUCUGUGCAUGUUUGAACUCUGUUUUGGCGCACAGUUUUCCUCUGCUUUGAAAGAACCAGGAAGCAGUUGUCAAAACCUGACAACAGGUUCCUCUUCAUUUCAAAGAAGAGUGGAACCUCUGAAUCAUAUUAUUGUGCUUAUUUUGAAGCAUUAUUAUGUAAGCAUAAGGAGCAGACAGAUGAAGUGCACUUUACUGUAAGACUACAAUGUUACACAGAGGUCACUUGGUUACAGUGAGAGGAGCAGAAGUUAAAGAGUCAUGAAUAAGGUCACAUCACUUCCAUUCUACAGUAGACUCUAAAGUAAAAACGUGCACUGUCAAUCCCCUGCACAGACACAUCACUAAAUGCUUGGACUUGUAACCUGUAUUAGGAAACGAUAUGGAAAGAGAGUAUAGAGAGAGAGUAUUUCUUUUUUAGUUCUGUUAACUGUGACAUAUCACUUUUGAACAUGUUUUUUUAAUGUGUUUGUUUUUUCGUUAGUUCCCUGAGCUGGCUGUAAAGUGUUAGUUUGUCUCUCAUGUCCAUCGUUGCAAAAAAAGCCUCGAAGUUGCUCUUCUGGUCAAAGGAAGUGCCUAGACACAGAUAGCGAGGUUACGUUCAAAACUCCCUUGAAAUCCAUGACAAAACAAUCUCAACUUAAAGCGUCCAGCUACGGCUCUGUGGCGAGAAACUCCACCUGCUGAUGAAGGCUGGUAAUAUUUUAAACCUUCAGAACAAGGGAGAAAGAAGUUCUUAAGUUGAGAUUGUUUUGUCAGCUGUUGAUUUUAAGGGCAAGAAUGAACUUGAAUCCUCUGGAAUAUUUUGGUGCUUUAUGGCUCCAGAAUUCUUCUGAGCUGAAGGUGAAGAAAAUAUGAUUACAAUUUUAAAGGAAUAGUUUUGUUUGUGUUGUCCAGAGUUAGAUGAGAAGAUUAACACUACUCAUAUUUUUUAAGGGUAAUUAGGCUAUAGCCCAAAGCGGGCUAAUUAAGCUUAGCCAAAAAGACUGGAAACAGAGGUAAACUGCUAGCAUGGCUUCCAAAGGUAACUAAAUCAGGUAAUCUCUAAAGCUCAGUUUUCUGUUUAACCCAUGGAAAAAUUGAAGUUUAAAAACAACACAUCGUUGUUUUGUUGAUUGUGAUUUCGACAAUUUCUUGGUUGGGACCAGGCCCUCGAGAACAGGGCUGAAGCCAAUUUUAUGUAAUUAGCUGAGCACUAAACAGGAAGUUAGCCACUUUGCAAGCAGAAGUCUCAAAGGGCCUGCUCUAUGGGCCACAUGAUGAGAAAGAUCUGCGUAAUUUCAUAAUCUGGAGCUUUUUGCCUUCAUGCCCCACUCAAUAACUUUCAUAGGGAUGAUGGGACUGGCCUCCAACGCUGUAUCCAGUUCUCUUUAUACAUCUGGACUUUGAAGCCAAUUUUACAUAGCAGCCAAACCGUGUCACUACAACUUCCAGGUCCAUCACUUCACGGCAUUGGCUCAAAGACUUUUUCCCCAUUGACUGACAAGGUGAAAGAGAAAUUUGUAAAUCUGUGGAUACAAAGAGCCACAGGAUUAAAUAGUUUACCCCUGUUUAAGUUAGCAUAGGGCUAAACCGGGAGUUAGCUGCUCUGUUGGUCAGGUCUCUAAUGCGCUUGUUCUAUAGGCCCAAUGAUGCGGAAGCUACGAUUGAUUUCAUACUACAGAAAUUGGUAUGAAGUUUUGUACCACGGGCACUUUUUUGGCUUCAUGUGCCACUGAGCAGCUUUCAUAGGCAUGAACAGGGUUCUGCCUCCAACACUGAAUCCAAUUCUCUUUAUACAUCCUUGGCCCCCAGAAAGCGCCCAACAUGGAAGAUAAUUUGACACAGUGGCCAGAUCAUGUAUCUUAAACUUUCAAGUCCGUCAUUUGAUACCAGAUACGUCUUCCUGUGGACUUACAUUAUGAAGAUGUCUGUAAAUCAGUGGAUAUAUUUUUUAAGCGUCACAAACUCCAUGAAAUGACUUGUUUCACUAUCGAGAUUUGAUCCAUUUGGUCCAAGCACUAAACUGGAUGUUAGCCAUUCAAACAAAGUUUCUACUGCGCUUGUUCUAUGGACCCCACGAUGUGGAAGAUCUGGAUCAUUUCAUACCUGGGAAGUCAAACGUUUUUGGCUUCGUGCGUCACUGAAUAACUUACAUAGGGAGGACAGGACCCCGCCUCCAACACUGCAUCCAGUUCUCUAUAUACAUCCAUGGUCGGGACUAGCUAGUAACUUCCAGGAGUCUCCGCUGGUUGCCUGGCAAUUGGACCCAACCUAGAAAUAAUGAAAGUCUGGCACAUAACUUAAAUUUGUUGGUUUUUAUCAUUUUUUGUACAAAUAAAAUAAGCGAUGUACAACAAGCUGUCGAGGUGCUGGUGGGUGGAUUGAGUUACCUUUGAACACAGCCAGGCUAGCUGUUUCAGCUCUUUAUGCUAAGCUAACUGGCUUCAUAAUAACCGCAGAAGCAUGACAGUGUUAUCUCAUCUAAGUCUGAACAAGACAGAGAAUACGUAUAUUUCCCAAAAAUGUCAACUUUCCUUUUGAUUUUUGAAUUGCGACCUUGGUUAGACACCGUAUGUUUUACCUCCUUUGUAUCAGUUUAUAUGCAGUAUUGUCACUUCAGUUUGUUAGUGUGCGUCAUUUGCCUCACAGGUUGGUCAUUGUUCUCAUUUAAUUUUUUUUAAGGUGCAUUUCAGCUCAACUCUUUAUGUCCACCAACCAAAAAUGUUCAACAGUACACUGUAUGUUUGUGUUUGUACGUUAGCAUGAUCAAGAGAAUCUAAGCUGCCUUCACUUAGUGGAAAGAUGAAUUGUUUACUACGGGAUAAAAGCUUCCAGAGAUGUGCAAUGUAUGCCUUUUCAGAGGAUAGUGAGACCCCCUGUCUGUGUCUUAGUUUGCAUUUUAAUCUGAUUUUAAAUGUUCUUAAAUACUAGUCAGCCACCAAUAUGAGUUUUCAAGUGACCUUGUUUACCUUGCACAGUACAGUCGCUUCAGUGAAGCCCCAGUUUUAUCGAUACAAGAGAGCGAAGAGAAAUUGGCUGAACAGAUGUUAUUUUUCUAUACUGUUUGAGAGGAAGUGUGUGUGUUCGUUCAUCUCCAGUGCUCUGUUAAACUAUUAAAAACUGCUGUCUAAUAAUGUUGCAUCUGACAGUCCCGUUUGUUCAGUGACGUUUGAAGCAGACCUUGUUUUUGGGAGGGUUGAGGUCUCUUGAGGUCCUGCUGUGCCGCUGUGAUAACCAGCAGCAGUCCGGUGGGUGAGUCAUCCUGAGCUCUGUGGCUCUUAUCUGAGUCGGCAACUUCAGCCUGUCACCGUUUGCCUCUGGGAAAGCUCAUAGGAUAGACAUCCUGA